AUGAGUGCUGCAUUGGGUCAGUCAAUGGAAGCCAGACUGGAGGCCCUGCAGUGCCACUUCACCUGGGACCUGAACCCCAGCAGGCUUAAACUCUUCAGUCUCAGGGACAAGCUGGAGGACAUUGGCUCAGUGGAGGGAUACAGCUGGCUGGGUCACAUCUACAACCUGCAGGGUUACAUACAUUUCCAGCUUGGGUUCACUGGUGACGCCCAGCGUUUCUUCAGCAGAGCUGCAGAGGCCUUCCGCCAGAUGAGAAACACUGUCUCAGAUGAGGGUGCCUGGUUAGUGGUGAACCAUGGGAACCUGGCUUGGCUGCACUACCAUAAUGGAGAACAAACAGAGAGCCUUGCCUACCUUUCAAAAGUCAACUCUCUGAUGAGAACAUACCCAUCUCCAUCUCCAUCUCAGGAGGAACUACAUCCAGAGAUCUAUGCUGAAAAAGCCUGGACCCUGAUGAAGUUUAACAUGUGUGAAAAGUUGCUGGCAGCAGAUUACUUCCAGAGAGCCCUGAGGAUGCAGCCAGACACAGUGGAGUGGCACACCAGCCACGUCUUAGCAUUAGUGAAUUCUUUUAAAAACAGCAACAAAGAGCUAGGGGCUGACAUCUUGGAGAAAAUGAAGAUUACCAAAGACCAUGACCCAGAUAACUUGUACCUCGUCGCUCUUUACCUUGAAGCAUGUGCUAAGAAAGGAAAGAAGAUAGGUGUGGACGCACGUGAGCUGGCCAGGAGGGUUUUAAGAAAGCCGGUCAGCAGCUACAGUGGUAUCAAACCAUUACUGAGGCUGUACAGGAUGUGCAUAUCUAUGGAUGAGGCGAUAGACUUGGCAGAGGAGGCUUUGGAAAGACAUCCAGGUGAACGUUAUCUGAAGAGGUGUGCUGCAAUCUGCUAUGAGAUGAGGAUCUUUUCAAACCAGGACAAUCCCUCGGAACGCAGCAUGAUCGACCGAGCAAUCGUUCUCUGUAAGGAGGUGAUUUCUCUUUACCCACAGUCCUCCCUUAAGAGAAAAAUAGCUCUUGCAAACAUAUACGCAGAGUCCAAUAACCAAGUUGAAGCUGACCAAAUAUUCAAUGAGCUUCUAGAGAGUGGCCUCGAUCCUGAAGGCGCACAGAUGCUUUACAACUACUAUGCAAAAUAUGUUCAUUGCAUUCGAAAGGAGAGCUACAAGUCAAUAGAGUACCACAUGAGAGCAGCAGAGAUACCGUUACCGUCUCACUACCGGGAAAACAGCAUCAGGACUCUGCAGAGGAUCAGGGAAAGAAACAAAAACCGGAUGUGUGGAGACAUAACUGAGUUUCUGGCUAAUCUGAAAGACUAAGAGCCAACAAUGAACAACUGUACUGUACAACUGAGAGUUUAGGUUAAUCUAAUCUAGAAUAACAAAUGCAUUGCCUGAGAAUAACUUUGAUGAAGUGGAGAUGAAACAAACUCAGGUAAAGUAUGUAAAGGAUGUUUUCAAAUCUUUGUAUUACACUGGCCUAAUUGAAAAUACUGGUAACUAGAACAAAAACAAAAAACAAAAAACAAAAAACAAGGAUAACACUGUGAGUUAAUAAAAUCAUAUUCCAAUCAUG